AUGUCUAUGACCAAUCUGCAAAACACAAUCAACUUGAAGAUCAAGAACGAGCUCAAACGCUCAAGCGCCUACUUUUGCAUCGAUGACAGAGAGGAUGAGACAAGCCUGUGGCCAGAGACAGAAAAGGACAGCGAAUUUGCUUCCGGGGUGGAGCUGUCGAUAUACUUUAAGCGCAGCGAUGGCCGCAAGCACUACUUGCUCUUCAAAGAGACGCUCUUCAACAGCGGCGUGUACAGGAUCUACUCGGCGACGCACAGGGCCGAGGGGCCUCCCAAGCUGUCGUUUGAACCUUGCCACACGGAGAAGAAAUACAACGAGCAGCAGUACAUAGAGGUGGGACAGGCGAUCAGAGAAAUCAGCGAGACCAAAGCAGGCUUGGUGACAAAGCAGCAGUUGGACGACAUCAUCGAGGAUAUGUUCUAG